UCCCGCGCCUUUAUAACAGCCCUUCCACAGCUACGCGAUCCCCCCACCCCCACACAAACCGCACCUCACCUCCAUUGACCAGACGGCGGCGCUCACCUCCUCCUCCUCCUCGGUCCUCCCCAUCGGCCUGCUGGCUUCCCUUCGUCUUCCCCGAUACUGAUCCUCGUCACCCAUGUCUGCUGAAGUCGCCGGAGGACACCCUUAUUUCCUCUCGUGCUACUUCUGGUUCAUAUACUGCAUAAAAUUCCGAGAUUUCACUUGAUACAAGUGGAACACCAGGAGUUUUGUGCUAAUACUUCCUACCAUGUGAAUCAGUUGUAGCUGGUGAAUUUGGCAAGACUCAAGUCCUCUCAUCUAAGUCCAGAAACAUCGUUCGGCCGAGUCCUUGGUCUCCUGCUUCCCUUGAGUCUUGCCAACUGUAGUUUCUCUCAGCAAUUGUGUUCUCUGGUCCCUUUCCGUGACUUGACCAACAUCUCUCUGGUCUUGUCAAUCUUGUGACUCUCCUUCUGAAAGCUUGUCUAGAGGUUGGAUUGUCCUGCUCUCUGCUCAAACAGUCCUGAAGUUCCCUUGCUGCAUUCUGCACUCACAUUCGAAAGCGGCUCUAUUCCGCUUUGCUGAUUUGUGCACUUGGAUUCACUUGUCCGUGCACUCAAGCUUUUCUCUUUCUGGUGAACUAGUGAUCUCCUAGAAGCAUUUCUGCUUUUGUCUUGAGAUCUCUCUAUAUUCCUGUUGGUGCUAAAGGCAAAGCAGGCAUUAGGGUGAUGGCGCAAACUAGCCUGCCUCCUGGUUUUCGUUUCCACCCAACAGAUGUUGAGCUCACUUCCUACUACUUAAAGAGGAAGAUUAUGGGAAAGAAACUUAUUGUAGACGCUAUAUCAGAGGUUGAUCUGUACAAGUUUCCUCCCUGGGAUCUCCCUGACAAGUCCUCUCUUCGAAGCAAAGAUCUUGAGUGGUUCUUCUUUUGUCCUCGUGACAAGAAAUAUCCUAAUGGGUCUAGAACAAACCGCGCCACUCCAAAUGGUUACUGGAAGACUAGUGGAAAAGAUAGAACAAUCAUGCUUAACUCUCGCAUUGUUGGGAUGAAGAAAACAUUGAUAUUUCAUGAAGGCAAGGCCCCUAAAGGUGACAGAACGGACUGGGUGAUGUAUGAAUACAAAAUGGAAGAUGAGGAGUUGGUUUCUGCUGGUUUCUCUAAGGAUGCUUUUGUUCUCUGCAAAAUUUUCAAGAAAAGUGGCCUUGGUCCAAGGAUUGGGGAGCAAUAUGGGGCACCAUUUAAUGAAGCAGAAUGGGAUAAUGCAGAAGCGGAAGCUUCUAUGUUUCCGUUGAUGACCUCUUCAGAAGUAGUGAACCCAACGGAGGACUCACAUGCCCAACAUGAAGUCCCUGCAGGUGCUGUUCGUGAACCACCUCUACAGAAUGCAUCUGCUGCUUGUGCUGGAGAGGAAUCAUCAUUUGCUCAUGCCACAGCAACUACUUGUGUUGAGGACUUAACAUUUGGCUAUACUGUUGCUGGUUCUGCUAUCCAAGAUAUACCUGCUCAGCAGUCUGGAGAGGGUGUGGUUUCUGCGAACAACAUAUCCAAUGGGGUCGAUGACAUGUACAGUCCUCAUGAUUGUGAUGGAUUUCUAUUGGAGGAGCUGUCUAGAUUCCUGAAUGAUUCUCCUCUUCAUGACGCUACUCUUGGAGAGAGCUCUGCCCUUCCUCCGAUGUCUGAAGCUGAGGCUCACGCUUUUGAAGUUAACACUGUUGGUCUCUACAAUGAAUUGUCAGGGCUUGCUGGGUUAGGAGUGCCUAACAACUUCAGCACCAGCAAUGUGGGCACCACAGAUUACACAAUCCUACCACCUGACAGAGAACUUUCUACUGAUGAUUAUAUAGAACUGAAUGAUCUCCUUGCUUCUGAUCCAAGCUUCCCCAGUGAAUAUCCUGCGCAGAACAAUCAAUUUAUGCAGCAUCCUCAAGCUCAGUCCAUGUACAAUGGACAUCAUGAUGUAGCUACCCUGUCAGGUCCUGUAGAACCAACAAUGCCUAGCAUUUUCGAUGUUUUUCCUCCCAAUAAUGGCGGCUUCACUGAUGAGGCAACCAACUACUCGUACCCAAACAUGCAGUAUCCAUUCCCAUGAUUGGUCUGCAAAUGUCAGUUCUCUGAUGCUGGUAUAUCUCUUAAUCCACCAUGGACUUCAGAAAGUCUGCUGCACUUCUGAACCAAGCCAUUCUUGGCGGGUAUCUCUCGCAAGCUCAAUGCUGGAUUAAACUGCAUUGGCUACUGCAUGCUCCCAACUGGUUGAGCUUAUUGCCAAGCUCGGCUUGCUGCUGAGGAUCAAUAAGUACUUGGCGUGUAAAUUUUCGCUUGUGUUAUCUGUGUGUAUUUGCUUCCUGCUUGGCCUUUAAAGCCAUUUCUGUCAAAACUAGUGUGCUCAUGUUGACAAUAUGCGAACCAUUGUUAAUUAUUGCAAUAUAUACUUAUUUUCAUA